CUCUCUCUCUCUCUCUCUCUCUCUCACGCACACGCGCGCACAAACAUACAGACAUUAUUACUGGGGCCUUUACGCACCAUCACCAACACGUAUUAACUCAAAAAUCAUGUCCACCCCGGGUGCAGAGGGUUCAGCAGGAAUGUCGGGGGGUAACCGCAGAAUUCAGCAGACGCAGGCGCAGGUGGAUGAGGUGGUGGACAUCAUGCGGGUGAAUGUUGAUAAGGUCCUGGAACGCGACCAGAAGCUCUCAGACCUAGACGACCGUGCCGAUGCCCUGCAGGCUGGUGCUUCUCAGUUUGAGACCAGCGCUGCCAAACUAAAGAGAAAAUACUGGUGGAAGAACUUCAAGAUGUGGGCCAUUUUGAUAGCAGUGAUCUUGAUCAUAAUUGUCAUCAUUAUCGUCUGGAGUACACAGUCAUCAUAAACCUGCAGGAAUACAGAAAACUGCUUGUGACUGGAAGGACAAUGAGAAUGUGAAGGAGUACCAACAUUAGAAAGAGAGAGAGAUGAAUGUUCUUCCAAGGUGUUCUUACCUGCUGAUUUUCAGAAGCAUAUUUUGUAAACUGUAUUCAAUGGAUUUUUUUCUCUUUUGUUUUUAAUGAGUAUGAUUUGAAUGUGUUACAUAAUGCCUAACUGUUUUCUAUAUACAUUUAAUGUUUUAACACACACUUCACUGUUGUUCACACAGAUUAAUGAUUACAGUAUGAAAGUAAAUGAAAUCCAAAACUUAGUCAAAUCUCAACACUCAUAGUUCAUGUUAAUAUAUGGAACAUUGUGCUCAUAUUUUAAGGCCAAAUUGCAUUUCAGCUCUUUUGGCUGUGUGCGGAGACAGCCGUAAAAAUGAAACGCUAAGUUCCAACAAGACAAAGCCUUUCUGAACAACCAUAGAAGUGCCAGAGAUACCAGCAGUGCCUUAAGACAACACUGCCAGAGUAACCUGACUUUAUUCUGAUUUAACUGCUAGCAUUUGUACAAAAAUCUGAUUUGUGACCAUAUGUAAUUAAAUGUUUUGACAAAAUUUACUAAUAAUUUAUGUAGAAAUACAAAUCUUUGCAGUACUUUUCUCACAGUGCCAAAACAUGUUUAUCUGAGCUUUCUUGUAUUUAUCUCACAUGUGUGUACAUUGUAAACAAGUGCAAAUAUAUACUGUGGACUUGCAAAACUGUAAAGCCUUUUGAUUGCCAAAUUUGGCUUAAUAAAAUAUAAAUUCAA